AUGCACGAUCCCUUCCCUAUUCCACCCAUCCCGUGGCUUAGCAGCGCUGUUCAACCUCUAGCUGAUUAUCUAGGUUUCCAAACUCUACCUCUACACAUACACGAGGUUUUGCUGUCUUUCUUUUCUUACGCAUUUGUUGAGAAUGUCGUUGCUCCAACUGUGUCGCAGUGGUUAUUUCCCGUCAAAUAUGCAGCACUAUCGAGGAACCGCCGACUAAAUUGGAACGUUCACGUUGUGUCGCUGGUUCAAAGUACCACUAUCAACAUCCUAGCCCUGUGGAUUCUAUAUGCAGACGAGGAACGCAAGAACAUGGAAUGGCAAGAGCGCAUCUGGGGAUAUACAGGAGCUGCUGGAAUGAUCCAGGGCCUAGCUGCCGGCUAUUUUCUCUGGGAUCUAAUGAUUUCUAUAAUCCACGUCCAGGCCUUUGGCCUCGGCAUGCUGAUGCACGCUAUCAGCGCUUUAAUAGUCUUCUCGUUUGGUUUUCGGCCAUUUGUCAACUUCUAUGGUUGUACUUUUAUCCUCUACGAACUCUCCUCCCCUUUCCUAAACUUUCACUGGUUUUUUGACAAACUGGGAAUGACUGGCUCUAAAGCACAACUUUACAACGGAUUCGUCUUACUGCUUACGUUUUUUUCAUGCCGCCUGGUCUGGGGAACAUACCAAUCUAUUAGCGUGUUCCGGGAUAUAUGGGCUGCUCUCAAUCACUAUUCUUCAGCAUCUCAGCCCUUGCAGCGAGAGAUAAUGAGGUUUGCCGGCGAUGAAUAUGUUCCUGUCUGGCUCUCAUUUAUCUAUCUUAGUAGUAAUCUCACACUCAACUUUCUCAACAUUUAUUGGUUUCGACAAAUGAUCAUUACAAUCCAGAGAAGGUUUGCGGCUCCAAAAGAGGUCAAAACCAAUGUACCAUCCGCAGUAUCACAAAAUCCCAGCGAAAAUGGCAGUCUCAAGUUUCAAUCUGAAGGUAAGAAUUCUGCGCGAAAACGCAGGAAAGGGGAAGCUUUGUGA